CUCUUCUCUCACCUCAAAUUCGGAGUCUUCUCGCAACAAUGACCUUGCGACCCGUAUUCGGAUCCGGGUCUGGAUCGGAAUCGGCCCAUUCGACUCAACCGAGUCACACUCAGGCCCGCCCCCGCCGCCGCCAGCAGAACCUCACCCUCCCCUUUCCGCAGCGGGAGCCCUCCCCCUCCGCCCUCGCCGUCCCCCUUCCUCUUCCCCUUCCCCUUCCCCCUCCCUCCUCCGCCUCCUCCCCCGUCCCGGCCCUCGAUGACCUCGACCGCGUCAGCCGUGCCGGCAGCGGCGCCGGCGGCACCGUCUGGAAGACACGCCACCGCCCCACGAACCGCCUCUACGCCCUCAAGGUCAUCCACGGCCACCACGACGAGGACAUCCGCCGCCAGAUCUGCCGCGAGAUCGAUAUCCUCCGCGCCGUCGACAGCCGCUUCGUCGUGCGGUGCCACGGCUUCUACGACCGCGGGGGCGAGAUUCAGAUCCUGCUCGAGUACAUGGACGGCGGGUCCCUCGAGGGACGCCGCUUCGCGGACGAGUCCAAGCUCGCCGGCGUCGCGCGGCAGGUCCUUUCGGGGCUCGCCUACCUCCACCGCCGCCGGAUCGUGCACCGCGACAUCAAGCCCUCGAACCUCCUCGUCAACGGCCGAGGGGAGGUCAAGAUCGCCGACUUCGGGGUGGGGAGGAUCCUGGCGGGGACGAUCGAGCCCUGUAACUCCUCCGUAGGGACGAUCGCCUACAUGAGCCCUGAGCGGAUCAACACCGAUCUCAACGAGGGCUUCUACGACGGCCGCGCCGGAGAUAUUUGGAGCUUCGGGGCGAGCAUACUCGAGUUCUACUUGGGUCGAUUCCCCUUCGGGGAGGAGCAGACAGGGAGGCAGGGCGACUGGGCCAGCCUCAUGGUGGCGAUAUGCUACGCGCCGCUGCCGGCACCGCCGUCCACCGCCUCGCCGGAGCUACGUAGCUUCAUCGCUUCCUGCCUGCAGAGGGAGCCCGGUCGGAGGCUCACGGCUGAGCAGCUCCUCCGCCACCCCUUCGUUACCCAGGCGGCGACCGUGCCGCCUGACCUAUCGUCUCUCAGACUCGAUUAGACAGGAUGGGUCGUUGCUGUUUCUUCUACAAAACCCCUCGUAGAAUAAAAAAUUCAAAGGCAGUUACGACCACAACACACUACACUCUUUGACAAUUAUUCUUUUUCAUUUUUACUAGAUGAAAAUAAUUAAGCACAGCAAAUAAUGGAAUGAAAAAUAAUUUCAAUUUUCA